UCCUUGUCCACGAUGGCAUAUCCAGUUAUCCACUUUCAUUGGCUCUCAUGAACAAAAAAACGCCCACUCUUCGGACAUCCAUCCAUCCUCACUCCCAGCAACUUCCAAACCUUCAUGGAGACUGCCUUCCCUUCCAAAGCUAGAACACUCUCUCAGGUCUCUUUCUCUGCUGUUGGCCCUCCUACCUUUUAUUCCCAUCGCGUCCGCUUUCUCGGCAGGGGAUAUCAUUUCGGCUCCAGCUUCAGCUUGAGGCCACCGGGACUUUGUUCUCGUCGCAGAUGCCGGAAGCUAAUUGGAAUCAAGUUCCGCACUCAUUCUUCCAGAUCACUUCCUGUAGCGCAUCUAAGCUCAGCUACGGUUGUCGUCUUAGCCUCAUCCAUCGUAAUCUCAGCUCUUACGAUUGUGUUUGUACUAGUGUCCAGAAAGAGCACCAAGGCCAACCAAGCACUGAAUGAGCUAGCAGUGGCAUUCAAUCAUCAAAUAAGAAAUAAAGUGAGGGUAGUUGUGGAUAGAUUUUUUCAUCCUACAGCCAAAUGGAAAGAUAAAGCUAAUGGCAGUUCAUCAAGGAGAAUGGCAGAAGCCAGUCAUGCUGAGCACAGGAUUAUGGAGGGGAUGAUGCAAACCAGUCAGGAUGGUUUGAUGAGAAGUACUGUUAACAAAGUUGAAUGCCCACAUCCCAAUACAACAACUUCUAGAGUGGUGGAUUCUCCGGUCUCAUUAGCAUCUGAAGAUGCUAGCUCAUCAUCCAAAAAAGAUGAAUUUCUAACUACUUCUGAGGCAGAAUCAGAAGCACACGAACUUUACACGGUGGAAAGUCUACAAGAAAGUAAGAUUACUACCGAUUUGCCCAAGGCUGUACUCAGUUCCGGCUCUGGUGUUUCAUUGACUGCUGCAAAUACUUUAACAGAAAAAGUUGAUGAUAUCCUGCAACAAAGACAUCAACCAAUUGCUGGAAGCAAAAUGAUUACUCACAGCAUUUUCUUCAGAGAACCUGAACGGAAAGAGCUCUACAGAUUCUAUGAGGCAUCUGCUGAAAAUCAGCAAGGAGAUGAAUUUGGAGAAAGGGUAUUGGGAAAAAGCAAAAAUAUUUCGAAUGCGAAGGGAAUCAGCAUUAUACAAUCAAAGUGCUCCAGAAAAGCCUCCAGGUCUCCUGGUCCAAAAGGGAAGAACACGUCUAACAUACAUCAUAUAUCAGAGCAAGUCGAUGCUUAUCAUCACUUCUUGAGGAGUGGAAGAUUGACAGACUGUUUACGGAUUCUUGAAGACAUGGAUAAUGAUGGUUUAUUAAAUACAGACAAAGUUUACCAUGCAGGGUUUUUCCAAGCAUGUAGAAAUGAAAAAGCUGUUAGCGAAGCUUUUCGUUUCACAAAGCUUAUCCACAACCCAACAUUAAGCACAUUUAACUUGCUUUUGUCAGUUUGCGCAAGCUGUCAGGAUCUGGAAGGGGCUUUUCGAGUUCUUCAACUUGUCAAGGAGGCUGGAUUGAAUGCUGACUGCAAACUCUAUACCACCCUUAUAUCUACUUGUGCUAAAAUUGGAAAAAUCAACACAAUGUUUGAGCCUGCAAAGUUAUAGGUUUUCAACAAAAUGGUUAAUGCUGGAGUUGAACCAAAUGUCCACACAUUUGGUGCACUUAUUGAUGGUUGUGCUAAAGCUGGGCAAGUCUCCAAGGCUUUUAGUGCUUAUGAAACCAUGUUAUCUAUGCAUGUUAAGCCAGACCGUGUUGUGUUUAAUUCCCUUAUCACGGCAUGUGGUCAAUCUGGAGAAGCAAACCAGGCUUUUGAUGUUCUAGCAAAAAUGAGAGAGGGAACACAUCCUAUAGACCCUGAUCAUAUUACCAUUGGGGCUUUGAUGAAGGCUUGUCUAAAUACCGGACAGGAUGAUCGAGUAAGAGAUGUUUACAAUUUGAUUCAUGAAUAUAACAUCAAGGGUGGUGCAGAAUUGUACACAAUUGCUGUCAAUAGUUUCAGUGAAAAAGGUGAUUGGGAGCUCGCGUGCAGCAUCUUCAAUGAUAUGGACAAGAAAGGCAUCGCCCCUGAUGAGCUGUUCAUCAGUGCAAUGGUAGAUGCUGCUGGGCAUGCCGGUAAACUUGAUGCUGCAUUUGAACUAUUAAAAGAAGCCAGAAAUAACGGAGUUUACACUGGAACCAUUUCAUAUAGUUCAUUGAUGGGAGCAUGCUGUAAUACAAAAAACUGGCAGAAGGCCUUGCAGUUGUACGAUGAAAUCAAAGACAUGAAGUUGAAGCGAACUGUUCCAAUGAUGAAUGCCCUGAUAACUGCAUUAUGUGAUGCAGAAAAAUUACAGGAAGCUGUGGAUGUUUUAUUUGAAAUGAAGAGAGAAGGCCUACUCCCGAACAGCAUAACAUACUCCGUACUGUUGGUGGCCAGUGAAAUGUCGGAUGACCUGGAUACUGGCCUCAUGCUUUUGUCUGAGGCAAAAAAAGACGGUGUUGCACCUAACCUAGUAAUGUACAGUUGCCUGAUGGGUAUGUGCUUAAGAAGGUUUCAGAAGGCUUGUACACUUGGUGAGCCGGUAUUGUCUUACAACUCCGUGCAGAUACAACUUAACAACAAAUGGACAUCACUAGCCUUGAUGAUGUACCGAGAAACAAUUGCAGCUGGUCUGACACCCACAGUGAAGGAGCUUUCACAAGUUUUGGGUUGCUUACAGCUUCCUCGUAAUGCAUGCUUCAAAGCAAGACUAGUUGAGGAUCAUGUAUUUACUUUUGAUGACUCAAAAAGUUCAAACUUAUGCUCAUUGAUUGAUGGUUUUGGGGAAUAUGAUCCCCGUGCAUUUCAGUUGAUCGAGGAAGCUUCUUCACUUGGAUUGAUUCCUUUGGCCUGUCUUAAGGGUAGCCCAAUUGUUGUUAAUGUGAAGGAUUUGCAGAUUCACACAGUUGAGGUUUAUAUUUUGACGGUUUUAAGAGGCCUCAAGCGUCGCCUGGCUGCUGGUGUUAGGAUCCCAAACAUCACAAUUUUGUUACCUGUGGAGCAGUCACAGUUUCAGACACCCACUGAAGAGAGAACGAUUAAAAUUGCGGGAAGGAUAAGCCAAGAAGUCGCUGCACUAUUGAGGAGGCUUGGGCUACCUUACCUAGGGAGUGGAUCACUUGGUAAAAUUCAAAUUAAGGGCAUUUCUUUGAGAAAGUGGUUGCAGCCCAAGGUUGAAUUCCCUUUCAGUGGGGAACCAACAAGUCUGAGCUUCUCUGAGACUCGUCUGGGAAAAGGAAUAACCCAUCAACAACGUAAAAUUCGUACUGGCGAUCUAUCUGUACAGUAGAAAGUUGAAGAGGAAAAUAAUGUCUCAACGGAAUAUAAAUUCCCAGCUGAAAUUGCCUGCCAUGAAUCUCACAAUUGCUGAUUGAAGUCUGGACAGUGUCUCGCUGUACUCUAAGGCGAUUUAACUGGGAAAUCACUCGAAUCUAAAUGGAUUCUAUGUUGUAUGAUUUACUUUUAAUAUGAGUAUCAGAGUAUGGAAUGUAACAAGUGUAUAGUGUGGUAGACUGGUCAUGAUUGUUGAAUGUAAUGUAUUCUCUUGCUAAAAAUAUAAAUGGAAAACUGUAAAAAUGAAUUGCACUGUCAAAAUACUUAAUUUGUCAUUUUAGUCAGUAUUCUCCUGUUUUUUGU